UCAGAUGCUCUACCAACUGAGUCAGCCAGGUGCCCCUACUUUGCUUUUCUAAACUCCAGUUUCCUCUUUUGUAAAAUGGGGCUGAUGGCCCGGCCCCUACACUCACAGUGUGGUGGUGAGGGUUACAUGGAAUAGCAUAGGUUAGAGUACCUAGUGCCUAUGACUUUCUGGUAGCAAGCUCUCCCUAAAGGUUAACUACAAUUAUGGUUUUAUUAUUGUCACCACACCUCUCUUUCUCAUUCAUAGGCCUCUGGCUCUCCAUCCCCUCCCUCUAGCAUCCUGUGUGCCUCAGGUCUGCCCACCAGGGGGCCCCACAUGCCACUCUUCCAGCCCUGAUCAUCCAUCCCCAAUGGUGCAGGCAGCUGGCCCCUUACCUCAGUAUCUCCCUUCUGUCUCUGAUAACAGCUUUGUCACCUCUCCUCUGGUGCUCCCUCUUCAUCCUAAAUGUCUCAGUUUCCUGCCCCCAAUACUCCAUUCAUUCUACAAAUAGUUACUGAGCACCUACUAUAUGCCAGGCUUUGUGCUCUGUGUUAAGGAUACGAGGAGAAAGAUCAGGUACCCUCUAUCUUCAAGGAAUGCAUAGUCUCUAGGAGGAUGGUGGAGGGGUGAGAGAGAGCCCUGACCUGGACUGGGGGUGGGAAGGCAGAAGGAAAUCAGAUUGUCCUUUGGAAUCAGCCCUCUAGCUGGGAAAUGGAAGGGAGUUCCUUCCUGCCAGUCCCUCAGCCCCUCACUCCAAAUACUACAGCUCCUCACAUUAUAUAUAUCACAUCCCCUCCAAAAUCUCAUCCCCUGUGGCCAAUCCUUCAGAGCUCAGCCCCUCACCUUACAUUCCUCAGGUCCUCUGUUAAGAAAUACUAUAGUCAUUGGUUAAAUCUGUGGUUCCUAACCCUUUUUUCAGUUCUUAGACACAGCAGGGAUGGGAAAACACUCCUACUAAGGACGAUUGCUAUCAGGAGUAGUUACUGAGGUUCAAAUACCUCACCACUAAUAAUUUUCUCAGAGUCCUUGGAGAGAGACCAUGACCUCAUCACCCCUAAUUCUCCAAAACUAGCCAUAGAAUCUUAGAGUUGGAGGGGACUUCGGAAGCCACUGGUCCACCGGGCGGCGGUGACUGUGCACCGACGUCGGCGCUGGCUGCACCGCCGCGUCCGCCCGCCCGCCAGCAUGGCCACCACAGCCACCUGCACCCGCUUCACCGACGACUACCAGCUCUUCGAGGAGCUCGGCAAGGGUGCUUUCUCUGUGGUCCGCAGGUGUGUGAAGAAAACCUCCACGCAAGAGUAUGCAGCAAAAAUCAUCAAUACCAAGAAGUUAUCUGCCCGGGAUCACCAAAAACUAGAACGUGAGGCCCGGAUAUGCCGACUUUUGAAACAUCCAAACAUUGUGCGCCUCCAUGACAGUAUUUCUGAAGAAGGGUUUCACUACCUCGUGUUUGACCUUGUUACCGGCGGGGAGCUGUUUGAAGACAUCGUGGCCAGAGAGUACUACAGUGAAGCUGAUGCCAGCCACUGUAUACAUCAGAUCCUGGAGAGUGUUAACCACAUCCACCAGCAUGACAUCGUCCACCGGGACCUGAAGCCUGAAAACCUGCUGCUGGCGAGUAAAUGCAAGGGUGCCGCCGUCAAGCUGGCUGAUUUUGGCCUAGCCAUUGAAGUACAGGGAGAGCAGCAGGCUUGGUUUGGUUUUGCUGGCACCCCGGGUUACUUGUCCCCUGAGGUCUUGAGGAAAGAUCCCUAUGGAAAACCUGUGGAUAUCUGGGCCUGCGGGGUCAUCCUGUAUAUCCUCCUGGUGGGAUACCCUCCCUUCUGGGAUGAGGAUCAGCACAAGUUGUAUCAGCAGAUCAAGGCUGGGGCCUAUGAUUUCCCAUCACCAGAGUGGGACACGGUGACUCCUGAAGCCAAGAACUUAAUCAACCAGAUGCUGACCAUAAACCCUGCGAAGCGCAUCACAGCUGACCAGGCUCUCAAGCAUCCAUGGGUCUGCCAACGAUCCACGGUGGCGUCCAUGAUGCAUCGUCAAGAGACUGUGGAGUGCUUGCGCAAGUUCAAUGCACGGAGAAAACUGAAGGGUGCCAUCCUCACGACCAUGCUUGUCUCCAGAAACUUCUCAGUUGGCAGGCAGAGCUCCGCCCCCGCCUCGCCUGCCGCGAGCGCCGCCGGCCUGGCCGGGCAAGCUGCCAAAAGCCUACUGAACAAGAAGUCGGACGGUGGUGUCAAGCCACAGAGCAACAACAAAAACAGUCUCGUAAGCCCAGCCCAAGAGCCCGCGCCCUUGCAGACGGCCAUGGAGCCACAAACCACCGUGGUGCACAAUGCUACAGAUGGGAUCAAGGGCUCCACAGAGAGCUGCAACACCACCACAGAAGAUGAAGACCUCAAAGCUGCCCCGCUCCGCACUGGGAAUGGCAGCUCGGUGCCUGAAGGACGGAGCUCCCGGGACAGAACAGCCCCCUCUGCAGGCAUGCAGCCCCAGCCUUCUCUCUGCUCCUCAGCCAUGCGGAAACAGGAGAUCAUUAAGAUCACAGAACAACUGAUUGAGGCCAUCAACAAUGGGGACUUUGAAGCCUACACGAAGAUUUGCGAUCCAGGCCUCACUUCCUUUGAACCUGAGGCCCUUGGUAACCUCGUGGAGGGGAUGGAUUUCCAUAAGUUUUACUUUGAGAAUCGUGAGUGGGUUCGUGCUGCUGAUAUACUCCUGCCUGACCCUUUACCCCCUUUGCCUCUGUCCCUGCUCACCAUCUCCUGUUCCCAGUUGCCUGCUUUUCCCUUAUUUGACCUGCUUGGCUGCACCUUGUUCUAUGUGUUUGCUUCCUUGUGCCCUGAGGAUGGUCUUAAACUGACACCUUUGAAGGACUUGCUUCAGAGCCCCACGUGCCCCAUCAUUCUGCAGCUGCUUUGUGGCACAAUCAGGGUCACGAUUUCUUUAAGCCUCACCUCUUUCCACAAUGACUGGAAACCACUGAGAUUAGGUUGAGAUGACGUCAGCAAGUAGUAAUGAAGCUCUGUAUGUAUAGAUUUCACAGUAGAGGAAAUUAAAACCAGGAUAAGAAUGUACAAGCAAGUAUCAGGGCACUGUGGGUGAUUUGUGAGAUCAGAAGUUGUGGCUGGGGCCUCCUGAAUAUGGAGGGAAGCAGUCCUGGCUGAGGGGCUGUAUACUCUGGACUCUGGACAGUUCGUGGAAGUUCCAGGGAAUAAGAAGAUGAAUCACCACCUCCUCCUGUCUUUCUCUCCACUUUCUAGCACCCUCCUCCUCCCUAUUUUUUUUUUUUUUCUUUUCUUUCCCAUUUUAUCCCGGGCCUUCCCCCAUCCUGCCCUGAGGUUUUUUUGUUUGUUUGUUUGUUUUUUGGUUUUUUUGGGGUUUUUUGUGGCUUUUUUUUUUGUCACAGUUUUUUUCUACUAACUACCAUCCUCUCCAUGUCGGCUGCAAAUGUAAACCCUUGGCUAUCUAAGUAAUUCUGUUAGCCAGAAGCAGUUUCAGAGAUUAUGGAAGCCCUAGGGAGGGUCUCAGGUAGACCCUGUCUAACAUUUGAAAUGAAUUAAAAUGUGAAUCUCAUUAAAAGCAACACAGUUCACAGUGUUCGCUGAUAAUGGCAAUCCAACUUCUUUUGGCCUUCCCGCAGCAGAAUCUGGGAACCCUAGGAAUAUCCUGAGCUUGGUGCUUUGGUGAUUCUAUUUUAACUUUGGACAUUUUUUUUUUCCAAAUCACAAAUCAAUUUUGAAAUCUUAAGCUCUUGAUUUUGCUCUGCAGCCAGUUAGGGUCAAGCCAACCCUUAUGAAAUCUAAACAUCGGCCUGGAAGAAUGGAAAGAUCAUAGGCUUUAGUUAAGAGUCAGAUGGUCCUGAGUUCAAAUGUUGUGUGAUUUGGGAAAAUUACUUAACCUCCUUGAGCCUGCUUCAUUAUUUCAUAAUAAAGAAAAUAAUAUUGACCAAGAAAUAAUAGUUUAUGUAUGUAAAACCCCUAGUGCAAUGUCUGAUUAAAGUAGUAGUUGUUAUUAUCAUUGUUCUCCACCUCUUUCUUCCAUUUGGAUAACUGAGACUACUGUUAUGGGGUUUCCUGGCCUUUGGUGUAUGGGGGACUUAGGGACUCCCAGAACGGUUGCUGGAAAAGAGGGUGAGACCUGGAAGAGCAGGCUGGGAGGAAAAUGUCAGUGCCCAGGCCUGAUGCCCUCCUACCUACUGCACUCUGCCUU